CCUCUCACAAGCCCAAAACCCUAGCUCCCCUUUCAAGUUUCAUCUCCCCCCCUCCGAAGCUCCGAGCUCUUACAGUGCCACCGCCGCUAGGCGCUAGCUCGAUUCCCGCAUCCAUGGUGCUCGGGCUCUACCCCUUCGCUGAUGUCGCCGCCGACGGUGCUCCCCGCCUCGACGCGACCGCCGAAGAGGAGCUCGUCCGCGUCGAGCGCGCCGCUGCGCUCGCCCUCGGCCCCCGCGCGCCGGAGCCCCCCGGGACCCUCUUCCUCACAACCAGGAGAGUGAUCUGGAUCGGUGAGGGCGGCAAGGGCUACGCCGUGGACUUCAUCGCCGUCUCCCUCCACGCCGUAUCGCGCGACCCCGAGGCGUACCCAUCCCCCUGCAUCUACACGCAGAUUGAGACAGAAGCUGGCUCUGAUGAGGAGUCCGAUGAAUCAGAUUCUGAAAUAAAUGGAGAAAUAGAGGUCUCAAAAGUCACAGAGAUGCGUAUCAUACCUUCGGAUCCUGGUCAAUUGGAUGGACUCUUUGAAGCAUUCUCCCUCUGUGCUGAGUUGAACCCUGAUCCUAAUGCUGAGAGUGACGAAGAGAAUGGCUGGGUUCAUGGUGAUGAAGGUGAUGAAGAUAUGACAGAUGGAAGUGAUGCAGAGUUUUCAGAUGUCAACCCAAUAGGUCAAACUGAUGACCGCGACAUUACUCAUGCUGUAGUUGAGCUCCAGAUCAAUGACCAACGUUUUCAGGAUGCAGAGGAAGCAGACGAGGAGAGCAACAGAAACUGGCAUUAGGAAUCAUUUUAUUACCCCUCCUCAAGGGAGCCAUGUAAUUGGUUCAUUGUACAUUGCCAUUGAUGCAGCAUAGCAUGCCAUGCCAUAGACUUCAGUUCCUUUUAUUUUCCUUCUCUUCUCCUGACGCCAUGACAUCCUGUGGGCCAUCUUGUAAACAUGCAUCAAUGCCAACAUAUCUGUGAAAAGGUCUUGCUACUGGUCAAGAAAUAUUUUAGUUGUAGAGCAUGCUAUAGAUAGAAUCGGGAUGAAAGAGCUACUUUCGAUGGUUGUUAUGGAAUGGGAUGCGCAGGAUCUGGUAGCGGGCACAACAUUAAGCCUUAUUGUUCGAAGGUAACGUGAUAUGGCAGCCAUUUCUUUGUGUGAAUUGUGGUAUGGUUUUGAUUGGUAUGAAAAUAAUUGGUGCAAACUAUGUUACCCUGGUA